AUGUCUGUGUCUGGGCCAUCUGCCGGCCUGGUAGCCCAGUGCACCUGUGUUCUAUCCCAGGCAAGCCGACUGAGUUUUAAAAUUCCAAACUUUAGAGAUUUGGCAUGGCAGGGACCCUCGCUUCGUUCUUGGUUCUUUGGGGGAGGGUCUCAUUACUCUGGGACUGAUGCAGGUUUGUCCCAGAAGGCAGUCCCACCAAAGCACAGGGGCAUGGAGUUUGGAGUGAAGCACAGCAAAGAGCCAGUGUCCCGGCUAGCUGCCCUUAGCAGGUGUCUCUGCACCUGUGCCGAGGGGCUGGUCUUCACAAACACUGAUCAACCGAUGGAUGACAUUGACAAUAAAACAAAGUCCUUGGAUCCAGUACCUCAUGCUGCUCCUAACCACAGAUGCCGUUUGAAUUCACCAGUUACAAUACCUGAUGACCCUCCAGAAUAGAAUUCCCAUUUUAUACCUGCGCCCCCAGCACCUACUGUCCCUCCUCUCGCAUACUACCCAGGAGGCUUGCUAAUGGGAUACUGCUGUCUACAUCAGCGCAGUGCCUUCCCCUUGUACCAGCCAACUGGUGGCAUCCAUUCUAUACAGCACCAGCCUGGCAGAUGUCCAGUGUGAAAUGAGCCUGCUCCAACAGCAUGGAUGCCAGAGCCAGUUCCUGUGCCAAACUGCCCUCCUGGUCUGGAAGACUUAGUAGCUCUUGACAACAUACCCAUUCUUCCGCAUUUUGAACACCUGGAAAUGAUGACAUCUUUUAAAACUAAUAAUAGAUACAAUAUUAAAAACAAUCUGGGCCAGAUUAUUCACAUCAUAACUGAAAACACAGAAGACUUUACCAAAACUGUGUAUCAGACACUAAGGCCCUUUAUCCUGCAGGUCAUUGACUAUAUCAGGCAAGAAAUCAUGACCAUGCAGAGGCCUUUCCGAUGUACCUGCUGUUAUUUCUGUUGUCCCUUCACUAGGCAAGAGCUGGAAAUGCAGUGGCCUCCUGGUGUCACCGCUGGCUUUGCUCUGGAGCACUGGAACCCGUGCAGGACGCUUUAUAGCAUCCAAAGCAAGAAGAAAGAAAAAGUGAUGGGAGUGCGUGGGCCGCGUUCAACCCAUGGCUGGGGUUCAGAUUCUGCUUUUGAGGUAACCUAA